CUUCUUCUUUCGCUUUUCCCCUUACUCCAACAAACACGUAGAACAUCAUGACCGAUAUAUCACAUCUCAAACUCUACUACUUUGUCUUUGAGCAUAAGGGUGGCCUUCGUCCGACAACGCCCUAUACCGGUCGUGGUGAGAAUGUUAAGCUUUUCCUUGAGGAUGCGGGUAUUCCACACGACUAUAUCAUGUACGACAUUAAUGAAUGGUCAAAGUACAAGGAUGACUGGAUUAAAAGAGGUUACCUGGCCGGAUGUUUGCCAGCUGUUGAGACUCCCGAUGGUGAAUUAUAUGGUUGCACCACUGCUUUGCUGCGCUUUUUAUCCAAAAAUUUGAACAAGUAUUAUGGCGCCAACAUCAAGGAAGAGCAGUUGGUAGAUGCUAUCUCGGAACUGGCUAAUGAUUGGUAUGCCAACUUUGAUGCCUCGGUUUGGACCCCCGAUCAGAAAGAUCGUGAAAAUCAUCUCGAGAAAAACCUUCCCAAACAUUUGGAACGUUUAGAUCGGUUCUAUGCCGCCAGAGGUGGACCUUAUGUGCUAGGAUCUGAGAUAUCGUUCGCAGAUUUCCAAGUUUAUCAAAUGGUAGCAGAUGAAAAGCUGACACCAGCCGAUUUGCCUCCUCACUUGGCAGCCUUUGUAAAGGCAUUCGAAGAACGACCCAACAUCAAAAAGUAUCGUCAUUCAAAGCGCGCCUCUCUUUAAACACAACGUAACAAUAAAAUUAUUAUGUAUUGUAAAUACAUCUUCCGUCUCAUAUGGUAGCUUUCAAAGCUAAAGGCCGUGUUAUUAAAUUUAUGCGGCAGCAGCUUGAAGUAUUUUUCCGCAGUACUCAGCAGUG